CAGCAGUUAAAAAAUACAAAUAAAAUAUUAGAAAAUGAAAUGUAAAUUUAAUUGUAACUGUUUUCUUUAAGAUUCAAUUUGGUGGGUGGAACAAGAGAACAAUGGCAUUUUAGGAAGUAACAUUUGGAUUUAUUUGGUAUUUUGGAAACUAUUUUCAAGCAUUAGUUCAUCUUUUUUUUUUUUUUUUACAUUUGCUCUCAGGACAAGUAGAUUCACUCAGAAACUGCAUGGUUUGGUCGUUGUUUUUGUUUACAAUUGUUUACAUUGUUGCCUUAAUUUUGGAUGUUACAACAUCCAAAAUUAAGGCGAAUGUCACAUUUGCCCACGUAAUUCGUCAGGAUAGUUUCGAUGGCACCAAUACAAUAAGACGCCCAUAUAUUUAGAACACUCUUCGCACAUUAAUUAACCAUUAAAAUUGUUAAGCGCUCCCUUAAUUAAGGGCGGGUGGAUUUAAAUUAGCCGGUAAUAUAUCCUAUCUCGGUCCGGAGUGCAUCUGUGGUUUCAGUCAUGUGUCGGAAUGAAUGCCAAUGUUGUGGCCGAUGUCUAAUUAUAGGGAUUAUCCUUCAUCUAUUUAUCUUUUCUAUUGUGGUGAUGUUCUCGCCCAUUCGCCCGUCCAUUGUUCUACACGCUGAGUUCGUUGUUAUUGUCGGCAAUUUUGAGUGGUUUAUUGGGGGAUUUUGGACACGAGGAGCACAUGUCGAAAUCGAAUGUUAAUAUAUUGGGUAACGUGUCUCAAGGCGAAUGACGCAAAGAAAUGACAAAAACUGACGCGCUGAAUGUCGAUGACCGACUGCAGUCAUUUUAAGAUAAAUCACGCAAAUAAUCAGAAGGGGUGAAUAAACUGAUUUACAUUCCUCAAUGUUGAUUUUCAGAACCGGACGUUGUCUCUGUUAUUAUUCGAUUCCAACUCCAAGCUCAACCUGCAUGUUUUCCGCAAUUACGCUCUCAUGGAUUUAUACCGUCGUAAAUUCCAGACUGUUUUCACACCAGGUUGUUUCGGUAGGAAACAUCUAUUAUCCUAUUAUCACCAAGAUGCCAAUGUCGGCGAUGUGUGAAGAAGUAUUUACAUGACUAUAUAGGCUCAGCUCCUGCAAGACUUUAUGGCUUUGUCGUCACCGUGUGCCCUGUGGGACACUGGUGCCAUUUCCCAAACCUGGAGGGGAAAAAAGGGGGAGGAAAACCAUCACCUUGUAGGCUACGUGCAUCAUUUCAAAUCUUAUAAUUUAAUUAGUGUAUUCACCAUCGUCUGUGUGUUAUAAAUAUUUGCGAGGGAUAUUUCCAAUGAUAUUGAAUUUUAAUGCGAAUUUAUAAAGUAAUUACACGUCGUCACUUGGUGGGAAAGGGCCCGGGACCAGAUCGAUGCAGGUGAAUUAAUGAGGGGUUGUUGAAGUGUCUGCGUUCUCUCUUUGAAGUGCACUUGUGCGAGGACGGCUCCUAUUUGUCUACAGGCCGAGACCAUCACUGUCGUCUUUUUCACAGUGGACCGUUACUUGUUCGACAAAUGUGUCAAUCAAAGGGUCCACCACCAUAUAAAUAAAAUCAGCGUGGAGGUUGGGGUACACCUUGAGUUGACUCUUCUCUUUUUGCCUCUCUCAUCUGGGACUCGAAUAAACCGACGUUAGCACUUCAAUCAUCGUGAUGGGAGACUUGACGCUGCUUACUGUGACGGUUCUCUACACGAGUUGUGUUUUGCAGUCCGCAUCCACUUGGACGGUGAAUAAUUUCCUCAUGAGUGGACCAAAGGCUUUUCUUACCUACGCUGGCAGCGUGCAAGUGGGCGCGCAGAGUGGAAUACAAGAGUGCAAACACCAGUUUGCUUGGGACAGAUGGAACUGUCCACAGAGUACGCUUCAGCUAUCCACACAUAACGGCCACCGAAGUGCUACAAAAGAGACAUCCUUUGUCCAUGCCAUCAGCGCUGCAGGGGUGAUGCAUACUCUCACCAAGAACUGCAGCAUGGGAGACUUUGACAACUGCGGCUGUGAUGACUCCAGAAUAGGACAGACAGGAGGCAGAGGGUGGAUUUGGGGAGGCUGCAGUGAUAACGUGGCGUUUGGAGAAAAGAUCUCCAAACAGUUUGUGGACGCAUUGGAAGAUGGUCACGACUUUCGUGCUGCGGUCAACCUGCAUAACAACGAAGCCGGGAGAUUGGCAAUCAAAGCCACCAUGAGGAGAGCCUGCAAAUGCCACGGAGUGUCUGGAAGCUGCAGCAUCCAAACAUGUUGGAUGCAGCUGGCCGACUUCAGAGAGGUGGGCACUUACCUGAAAAAUAAGCAUUCUCAAGCCAAGAAGUUGGAAGUAGACAAGAGGCCGCUGAAGGCUGGCAACAGCGCAGAUAACAGAGGCACCAUUACGCACGCCUUCCGCAACAUCCCGCGGACGGAGCUCAUUUUCUUCGAGGACUCCCCGGACUACUGCGUCAGGAACCGGAGCCUCGGCUAUGAGGGCACCGAGGGACGGGAGUGCCUGAAGGGGGACAAAAGCAUGCCGCGGUGGGAAAGAAAAAGCUGUCGCAGGCUGUGCUACGAAUGCGGCCUCCGAGUGGCGGAGAAGCGCACCGAAGUCGUCAGCAGCUGUAAUUGCAAAUUCCACUGGUGCUGCACGGUGAAAUGUGACAGAUGCACGCACAUCGUCACUAAAUACUACUGCGCGCCCAAGGAAAGUGCCAGAAAAACACACAACAAAGCAAAACGAAAAUACCGCCAGCGUGGACACUGAUUGGCGGCUUUGCGCUGCACGGAUGUGGUUUUCCGAACCUAAUAUGCUCUGUAUGCUGUCGAAUUGCACUUCAUGUAAUACACUGGAUUUUGAAGACCAAUCACUG